ACCGGGGGUGACGUACAGGAAGAUGGUCCAAUAGGGUGUUUUCUCAACAGAGAUUUCUCAACAGUAUCUGUAGUACGUUGUGAUUGUAUUACUACCAUCAGGUCUACCAACGCAGUGCCCUGUGAGCCCUGACCUCCUUUUUUUUUACCUGAGAUCUUACUGCAGCCAGAGUCUGUGGGAUGGAAGAGGAAGCUAGAUGCUUCCUGAGGAGUUUUGUGGAGGAGUUUCCAGCUGCUCUGGAGGAAGACAGUCCGCUGCCUGGCAGCCCUCUGAGCCGCAAAGUCUGCUUGGAGGAGCUGCAUGGAGAGAGCCUGGAACUAGGCCUGAGGCUGCUGGCUGCCAGGGGUGCUCCUGCAGCCCUCAGUGCCCUCAUGUGCCAGGCAGCGCUGUCCCAGCUACUGCAGAAUGACCUUUCACCUUUCCAUUGCCCCCAGGAAGCUGAGGUCAACCAGGAAGAGGAGCAGCAAGUCUCUUUUCAAUCAGAGGCAGUACAACGUCUCUUCCUCAACAAGCUGAUAAAUGUUGCGCUGGCAUGGCAUCAAAACUUCCCCAAGCUCCCGUCCUCCCGCUCCCGGUUCCUCCACUGCUCCGUUCAUGCCAUCAGGAACACAAGGCGUAAGAUGGAGGACAAACACUUGGCCCUAGCUGAGUUCAACCAGCUCUUUGGAAUCCAGGACGGAGUGGAGCGUGCCUACUUUGCUGUGUUUGAUGGCCACGGUGGGUUGAUGCUGCGACCUACGCUGCCACUCAUCUCCAUGUUGUCCUGA